ACUAGUAGCGACCAGACAAUCACCUAUUCUGGUAAUUAAAAAAAGUUUAUAUGUCUCACUAGUCUAAUGACACCGAGUGAGGGAUGUUUUAUAUCUUACAUUAUAAUCUCUGACCGACCGAGAUACGGAAUUUUAAAGUUUGUGGCAUGGCAGUGCGCUGUGAGUAGUAGGGGAGGAUAACAGUCCAAACUCUGCUGUUUUGUGUUUGUUUUGUUUUUUUAUUGUACAUGCACCUAUUCAACUGGACGCAAGAGCGGAGCCGUAUGACAUUACGCACAGACCGGGAGCGGGGCUGCAAAUGGGCGGCAUAGGUGGCAACCUUUACCUCAGCAUGUUGAAUGGGACUGAAACGCAAACUUUCGGGAAGAACACCGACAUCAGCAGUCACCUCCACCGCGGCGGCAAGGAUCUAGCCGAGUUUAAAAUGGGGAUUCAGGACGCGAGGUUUUACUACCCAGACUCUGUUCAAAGCGGACAGGACGCUCUGGCUCUGCCGUACCACUCAGACCAGGCGGUGGGAGGGUACGGAGCGCAGCCCGGGAGGUUUUACGCACAGACCCUCAGCAGUUGUCCGUACGGCGGCGUGCGGUCGCCGCCAAGAAGUGGAGCUGUGCAGGGUUUCAUCCCGACGACAGGAGACGGGUUUCCUUCAGGCGGUAAAGACUUGUACUCUCCUUCUCCGGAGAAUUACCCGGGGAGUUUUCAGCACGGCUACCAGCGGCCGCCUCUCUACCCUUUACCUGGGCUACAGGUGUGCGGGAAGACUCAGGCUCUGCUCAAUAACUAUCCCCUAUGGGCCAAGUUCCACAAGUUCCAAACCGAGAUGAUAAUCACCAAACAGGGGAGGAGGAUGUUCCCCUUCCUGAGCUUCAACAUUAGUGUUCUGGAUCCUUCUGCCCACUAUAACGUCUAUGUGGACGUGGUUCUGGCUGAUCAGCACCACUGGAGGUACCAGGGCGGCAAGUGGGUCCAGUGUGGGAAAGCGGAGGGUAACAUGCCAGGGAACAGGAUGUACAUGCACCCCGACUCUCCCAACACAGGAGCUCACUGGAUGAGACAAGAAGUGUCUUUCAGCAAACUCAAGCUCACCAACAACAAGGGCAGCACCAAUAACGUGGCACAGAUGAUAGUGCUCCAGUCUCUCCAUAAGUACCAGCCUCGCCUUCAUAUUGUGGAGGUUAAAGAGGACGGCUCUGAGGAUCCCUUCCUCACAUCCAAAGCUCAGACCUUCAUCUUCCCGGAGACUCAGUUCAUUGCUGUCACUGCUUAUCAGAACGCAGAUAUCACUCAGCUGAAAAUAGACCAUAACCCCUUCGCUAAAGGUUUCCGCGACAAUUAUGACACGCUGUACGCUCCUCCCGACUCUGAUCGCUUCACCCCCUCCCCUACAGAGAGCCAGCAGCUGCUGCCAGGGAGCUGUUACCCCCAAGGCUACCUCUCUGAGCAGUACAUGAGCCCCCUGCCCCAGAGCCGCUUCUAUGGCCGCGAGCCUAUUGGUAUGGGUCAGCAGCACAAAGACCCAUCCUCCAGCCCUGGUCCUCACAGCCGCUGGUAUCUGCCUCCUCAGCAGGGUGUGGCCCCCAAUCGCCUCGACUUCACUUCCUCUUAUGAUGGUGACUUCUCUGGAAAUGGUUUCUACAAGCCUUUCCCCUUGCAGACAUCCACACACCAUGCCCUCAGCUACUACCCAGACCAUCCUUUUGCAUCUUCCAGCGUGUCUGUAUCAGGAGCCACCUCAGCGGGCUGGACCACCAGCCGGCCCACCCCUCAGUACCUCAGCCACCCAAGCAAGCCUGGCCCCAGCCUGGGCUGGUUUAGACCCAUAUCAUCCUCCUCUUCCUCCUCAUCUUCUUCCACAUCACCUGGCAACCCCAGGCUGCACCCUCCCUCGCUCCUAGAGCCUCUGCAGUCACCCCUGCUGCAGGACAAGGCCAAAGACACUGUGGAGGUGGUGGGAGACGACCCCUGGCUCGAACCUCCCUCUGUGAAAUCAGCGGCCUCAGCUGACUCAGGCCUGUUUGAGGGCGGUGUGGGGGACAACAAAAAGAGGAGGGUGUCUCCCUACACGUCCAGCACUGAAAACUCCCCACCCCCGCGCAGUGGAGAGGUCUGUGAGAAGGACACCAACAGCGAUGCAGAUUACUAUGGCUAUUACACCCACUGAUGACCUCACACAUCACCGCAAUUGCCACAGUCUCUCCCAGCGUCUUCCCACACCGCCCUCAUGGACACGUAUUGGUCUGUCCAGUCAGGUCAUGACUAAGGGCUGGAACAGUCUCUGUUUUUGCUGCAGACAAAUACCCGAACCACAUAACAGAACAUGCAGCCUCAUCUACUGUCACAUCAGUCCACGCAGUCUAUAAAGUCUCCUCUUAAAGUGUCAAACGAUUACAGGAGGAACUUUCAAGGUUACUGUUAAAGUUAGUGUUGAACAGAAGUGGUUGUGACUGCCCUAAAGUCACAUAAACACCAUACAGACAAACAGACCUGUGACUUAAGCCUUUGAAACAUCUGGAGAUUUGGGGAGAAAAAAUGAUCUGCAUAUCUUCUUGCUGACAGACGCCUGCAGGAAUUGUCUGUUCUCACUGCAUCAAACACCCUCUCUGUCUCUUUUGCUCUGUCUUGCUCUUGUUCUGUCUCUUCCUUCUCACCCUCAGCCAUUCACACAUACUCUCACAAUAUGGUCACGUUCAUUUCCCCUGAUGAUUCUAAACAGAAAUUACAUUUCACACACUCUCCUCCCCAAUAUAUUUUUAGAGUAGCUCCCACAAGUGGCAACGGAGGAGAGUUGCGGGUCUUUGUGUCUGAGCAAACCAAUGUCAGGAGGUUAAGAGAGCUUAGCAAGCACAUGCUCUGAAGUACACUUGCUCUGUUCAGCUAGGACAACCUGUUUGUUUAUGUGUGUGUGUGUGUGUGUGUGUGUUAAUGUAAAGUAAAUCAGAAACCACCAGCAUGAAGUGGCUGAGGGAGGCUGUUGAAAAUUGCAAGGAGGCAGUUUUUGUUUUUUUUUCUUAAAUAAAAUUAAUUGAUUUAACCGAGGCUCAAAAAGGCUAAAUAACAACAACAAAAGGGUGUGUGUCUAUAUAGCGGUAGCAGAAAAGCAUUAUGAACACAAGCCCUAAAAGCCUUUUCGGACACAUCAUGACAACAGCACUACUGUGAUCUGAAACCAAAUAUUUGCAAUGGCAUGCGACAGCUUUUCAAUGAGCAAAGUGGUCAACGCAGUGAAUGAGUUUGCUCAAAUAUUAAUAGGGACAAUUCUGUCCUCCCAAAAUACUGGUAUGCAAAAUCUUUCUUUGUUUAAAAAUGGCUAUUGGUGAGAAAUUCAAAUUGGCUCCCUUCUCACCUCCACACAGCUGGCCAAUCACAGCAUGAAGUGGGUGUGUAUGCCAGAUGUAACUUACGUUGUAAAGGUGUAGGGGGGGUUCUGAAAUUUUUCAACCACCCAAGAAGCAGUUACGAUGAAGCAUGCUGGCAGCAUUAAAGCAUGAUGGUAGUACUUACUUCACAAACCUUUUGACACAAAUCUUUUGAACAAGCUGUUUUGAACUGCCACCCACUGGGAUGUCACAAAAAGUAGUAAUAUUCAGUAUCUAACUUUUCUAAUUCUGGGUCUGAAUCAGGUCUGUAAACUACUAGAUGUGACAAAGGAGGGAUGCAGCAGUACUAAUGGAUGAAGAAUAAUGCUCCUGGAGUAGAGGUGGAUGUAGAGCAAAUAAUGUGAACUGGUGAGAAAACCCUGCUGUGUUAAAGACAUUCAGUGGUCAAACUAAUUUGUCACAAAAACCCAUUUUAAGGUGUAGCUCAAACUCUUCUGUAACAUAAGCGUUCAGGUCAUUUAAAAACACGUAUAGCUUAUUUAAAACACUUACAUAUUAGCACCAGGCGUGAACAAGGACAGCUGGAUGCUGCUUGCUUUGAUAACAGGCCUCAUUUUAACAAAGGCCCAGCCCCCUGCUACAAUCAGCCGAUGUGAAAACGCUCCUGUCACUACACACAGAUAAAGCAAUCAAUUCCGACGUAACUGGAAAAUUGGCAGAGGGAAGUGUGACAGCUUAAAACAUACACACACGUACACACUUUACAUGGACAAAAUGUUGACCACAGUGCAGUAUUGAGAUUAGACUCCAAUCAACGAGUCAAGUUAAAUUUGGUUGUUUAAAUUACAGAAGGUAUGUUUGAGAAUACCUAAUCCUGGAGUUUCUUCUGCUGUGGUGCUGCCUGGAGGUUUCUUCCCAUACAGUAGGAGCAGAGCAACAGUGCUGCAGACGUGCAGCUACAGACAUAUAAAAAGUGGGUCAAUCAGAAUGGCAACAUGCACCUGUAGGUAAAUAGACGAGGCACUGUCACGAUAGGAACAGGAAGCACAAAGUGACCAGACAGACACAGAAUUUCCCCCCUAGUCUUCGGGCCUAUCAUGUUGUGACACUGGUUGACAGAGGCCCGGCUCCGAGCCUGGUGACAGAAACAAAGAGUGAGGCUGCAGUCGGCGCUGAUCAGAGAUCUGCUCCUCAUUCCUCACCAGGUGUGCUAAUGGCCUCAGACAACACUGGGGGCGACAGACAGGCACUUACUCGGUGCAGUGCAAGGUUACUGAAGUCUUUUCUGAGGAAGAGAUGAAAUUACUCCCACUUCCAUUACUUACUUUUUUAUGUCUGAAUUUAAAUAUAAAUCUGCACAAAUACCCAAAAUUAGCUGAUGAAAACAGUAACAGUGGUCUAUACUGUAUAUACUAUUGUAUAUUUACUAUGCUCUCAUUUUAAAGAUCUAUCUACUAUAGUGAGAACAGCCAGACAACAAAAGAUUGACAUUCAGAGUCAACCUAAGAAUAUAGUUUGACAUUUAGAUGAGAUUGAUGCCACUCUUCAGCCAGGAGAUCGUUAGCUUAGCAUAAAGACUUGAAGCAGGGGGAAACAGCUAACCUAGCUCGUUAAAAAAAUACCCCUGCAUGUAGCCCUUCAUCAAAGCACAAAUAGUCAUUUUUGUACUUUUUAAACAAGUAAGAGUGUUAAUGUGUGAGCUUAGAGGUGCUGGUAGGCGGGUUUUGUUAGCUUUGGACAGAGCCAGGGCUACGGCCAUGUUUGCCUUACUAAGGUUUCACAUGUCAAGACAAAAUUUAAGCUCUUUUCUGAGCUGAUUUUAUACAAGCAUUGGAUAAUGACUGGGAUUUACACUGGAAUUUAAAGACAAUCAUGAUGCAUAUAGAUGUGCAUCACUUGGCAAAAUGGUCUUAACAAUGGUGUAAAUGCAAAAAGGACAAACUAUUUGACAGUUCACUCCUUUACUUGAACAUUUAAAUGUCAAAGUAAAAUGUUAAUGAAGUGUUAAUAUUAUGCUGAAAACAGAACGGAUAUAUAUUGUAUGAUCAACUGAUGAAAAAACAUGUAUGUUGCUUGUGUAACAUUUCCAAAAGAUGUGCUAUUUAAUGUUUAUGUUGACAUCUGGUCAAAAAGGUGAUGCUUUUUAAUGUACCUUAAAGAAGGUGUACAAUGGACAAUUCUUGUUUCAAGUGCAAUUAAAGGAAAGUAAAUUAGUUUAGAAUUAAUGAGGGCAUUGCAAAAACAAUGAGAGCAAAGUCUCAUGUGAUCACUGGCCUGUGGACGGUGUCAGUUAUUUAUUUUACGUGGUGGUUUGUUAUGUGGUUCACUCAGUGAUCCUGCACCUACAGGAGUGCAAGAUCUCACGUCAAACAGCAGCAGAAAAUGCUUUCAGACACCUCAGGGAGGACCCCUGCUGGAUAUCUCAGCUAUUACAAGCCAAUGCCUGAUGUUUAACCUCUAAUACCUCCAUUUCCCAUGAGUCUGUGUUUCCCUUAAACACACAUUUCCCUUAGUAAGAGAAUAAGACUGUGUGUGGGAACUGUAUUUCCAGAGAUUUUACUGUAUGAUAUAGACAUUGAGGCAUGAAUAAGGGAGACAGACUGCGCAAGGUCAAGCAACAAGCAUGUUAUUUCUUGUGUGUGAUCCACGUGCACUGUUUGUGUCAAAGGAGCAAUAAUAACUCCUUUGACUCUUUCAUUAAGAGCUUAUAAAUUGCGAUGCAUAAACAAAUAAGAGAUGACAAUUUCUGAAGGGGAAAACUGUUAUUUAUUAAAGAUGGCAUAAUUGUGUAUUGUAUGUUGUUUUUUUAUUCCUGAAAUUAAAGCUUACACAUGACAAA